CUUUAAUAGUAUAGAUAGGUAGGUUAAGGUAAUAUUUUUUUCUUUACAGUAUUACAUCAAAUAUAUAAUUAUUGGGGAGAUACGUUUCUUGUAAGUAUUUUCUAUAAGUUUUCGAUAUUUACUAAAUAAACCAAAUCAAACAGACAGGAGGGUCAAAUGUAUAAACAAUAAACUCAUGCCGAAUGUGAAAAAGAGAAAGAGACAAGAAAACUCAUGGAGCUACAAACAAUGAUACAUGUCACCAAUAUACACAAACUGGGACAUAUGAAAUAAAUAACGUAGUGGGUGGAGGGUCCAAACAUGUGAUUAUCAUAAAGUUGAGGUAAUUAUGCAAAGUAAAAUGGUAUGAUAAUGAACCUUGCAUGUUAAGACACUCACAAAUGGUGAGUUUGCAUUUAGGUUCAAGAACUAAUGAUUUACGUCAUAUAUGUUGUCAUAUAUACCAAUUUUACUUAUUUAGAUUAUAGGUUUAUUUGGUUUCCGCUUAAUUUAUUAAUUAAAUAUUAAUUCAGUAUUACAAAAAUUAUUUUUGAAGUAGAAAUUUCAACGAUCAAUUAUUUGCAACUCAAUCUUUAUGUUUAAUAAAGAGUUAAAUUUAAGUUUAACUAUUAUUGCUUAAACUCUAGGUUGGUUAGAGAUAUUUGAUCUACUUUUUCUUCUUUUACCGCUCUUCAACAUUCCACUCUCAUCGGUGUUUAAGCGUAAUAGUGCUCUCUAUAUUUGUGAACAUGAAGCUCAAAUUACUCCGAUGUCUUUAAGGUAUGUACCAACAGUAGUAUAAUACUGUAAUAAAGAACUAGGAGAUUAUUUGUGGAUCUCUCUACUUCAAGUAAAUUUAAUUUUUCCUUAUAACAUUUUUGACCCAUGUUUAAUUGAUUUACUAUUAUGGUUGUUCAUCUUACUCGAGCAUACUUUCAGUUUCGGUUGUAAUCGUUGAAAAGCUUUAGAUUUUAAUUAAUAUUUUUUUCCCAAAAAAUAAUCUAAAUCAUCUCAAAUCUUAGUUGAAUAUACCUAUUGAAUUUUAUAUUUAUUUUAAUAUAAAUGUAAUUAUAUUGGAAAUAUUACUGACGAGCUCUAUUCUCUUUGGCUUUGAUCUCAAAUAUUAAGUUCAAAAUAUCCGGACUUUUAAUCGUAUUCAAAAGUUAUUAAUAGAAAUCAUUACUCAUCUUUUCAGUGCACUUUUGACUCUACACGGUGACUGUUACUUCUUGGAGUACUUAUUUUAAAAAAAAAAUUUUUGAGAAUUUUCGUGGAAACUGGAAAUAUUGACGUGGGACAGGCCAACCAUAAAGAGAUAAAUCUGAACCUACGUAGCCCAUUAUUCUUUUACAAAAAACCCUACUUUGCCCAUUGUUAAUGGGCUUAAAGUAGUACUUAACUUUCGUAUUUUGAUGGACUUGGCUUUGCAUACGUGACAUGCACCAAAAUUUAUUUCUCAUUUAUUUUCGGCUCCGUAUUUUAAUUAUAUAUAAACUGUUUAUUGACACAGAAAAUAAUAAUAUACUAGAUUUUGAUCCACACUUUAAAAACACGAAGCUAUCUCUUUUUAAAUAUACUAUUUAAGAACAUAUUUUCUUUAUAACAUUUAUAUUUUUAUUAUUAUUUUUUUGUUAUAUUUGUAGUAGUUGUUUUAUAUAUUUAGGAUAACAUGUAUUGAGAUAUAAAUAUAAAAAUAUAUAUAAUGACUCACAUUUUAAAAGUACGGGAUUUGUUUCUUUUGAAAAUUAAAUAUUUGUUAAUUGUAACCUUAUGUGUUAUGUGAUGAUAACUAAUUUUUUUAAUAAUGUUAAGGUUUUAUAGUCAUACAAAGUAAUUUUGAAGAGUUCCUUGUAUUAAUAUUUUUUGUUUAUUGUAAACUAUUAAAUCCCAAAUAUCCUUUUCGUAGCGAAUUUUAAAAGGUGAUUAAAAGAAAUACAAACAAAAAUUUGAAUCCAUUUUUAUGUUUUACUGUUUUUAAAAUGGGUUUCUAAUUUUUUUUGUCAAUAAAAAUCAAGUAUUUAAAUGAGCUUUGUCUAUAAAUUCGUGAAACCCAACCACAAGUAAUCCAAAUUCUUCGACGGACUUAAAAAAAACAGGAAACGAAAAGUAAUAAUAAAAAAUUAUAUUCAGAUUUUUGGCAUGGCUAAAGUGCUAACACAAUGCAAAUAGCAUAUAUAUCAUAAAUCAAUUUUAGUAUAGAUCUUUGAAGUAUACAUAAAAAUGAUUAUAAUCUGAUUGGGUUUCUGAUAAAAUAGAAACGAGCUUGAAAUUCUAAGCUUUUUUACUGCUAAAAUGGGCUUCUAAAUUCAUUUUUAAAUACAUGUUUCUGUUUCUGACUGGUGCAAUUAAUGUGGCCAAAAACCAUUUAAAAUUUUUAAAAUGGUAAUAGCAAUUUUUGUAAUUAAUUAGAAAAGUCAAAGACGUAAUCAUAAGAAAAAUUAUGUUUUAAUAGUAUAGACACCUGAAAAACAAUUAUUGAAAAGGGUCACAUCUUUGAUCUUUCAAACUUAUAAUCAUGUAAAAAAUAUCAGUGUUCAAAAACGCGGCGCCUGAGCAGCCGAUUCCAUGUCCAAGUAUACGCUCCAUGGUGUAUGUCCCUGACGAAUUGAACCAGUUCAGUGACGUUAUGUGGUGACUGCAGAUUCACAUCAACCGUGGUUUAAGAAAAUGCAGACAUAUUAUGCUCUGUUUUUCUACGAAUUAUGCUGUUUAGAAAUCAGAAAUCUUAAAAAAAAUUGGUUUUAUUAUUUUAAAGCUUUAUAAUUAGAUGUUGGAUUAAAAUCUAUCAAUUUCAUGUAUGUAAAAUCGACAACAAUGGUGGAUAAGGAAACCAUAGGCGCAAAUUAGAUCAAAAACAAAGAAGUAGACAAUGGUUGAAAGGUAAUUUUGUGAUCCACUAAAUCUAAAUUCAAAUUCAAAUUAAUUGGGACUACAAAAAUUGAACCUAAAAGCAUAUUAUGUGUAAAAUUUUAUUUUUUUCUUCUUCAAAAUAAAGUAAUUCGAUAAUGGAGUUUAAUACCCAACUUUUUUGAAAAAAAAAUGGAAUAACAAACAAAAAAAAUAUAAAACCCAUUUUUUAUUUUAUUAUAAAGUAAAAAAUGUAGCGGAGGUAUAGCAAAUUUGACUUUAAAUACGCUAAGUGCAUGGAAAAAGAAAUAAACCAAAAGCCACAAGACAUAACUCACGUUUCACAGUUUUGAUUUAACUUUUACAAUGUUUAUUUUAUUUUACUUUAUCCAAAUUAAAUUUAAUAUUCUAUGGAUAUAAAUCAACCGUAUGGAUUGCGCCUAGCGCAAUUUCGAACCUUGAGAAAUAUUAGUAUAGCAAACAAGAAAGAAAACGAAACAAAACUAUAAAGUAAUUGGGACUAGCUUAGAUUCCAUCACCUGAAAAGUGCGGUUAGUUGGCCAACAUGAUGUGUUCUGGCUCCCACCAAAACUAAAUAAAAGAAAAAGAAAAAGGAUUGAUUUUGUAAUAAAGCAAAAGUUUUGUAAAACUUCUGACGAUUGCGCCCACACACGAUCCACCACUAAUCUUUUCAAUUCGCUGAUUCUCAAAUAUUUCUUGUAUUCUUUUCGCGAACCCAAAGUUUCUUUUUCUUUUAUGGAAACCCCAUACAUUCUUCUUCUAACUUAUGCAUUAAUAUGGAUAUUAUUUUUUUGAAACGAUUUUAUUUAAUAGCUAUAACCAAAAAAUAAUGUUCCCAAGUUGCUCUAUAGUAUUCUUCGUAGGUUGUUGCUUUUUAUCUUUAAAAUUGCGUAGCCACCAACAAACCAAAUAAUUAUCAAAAAGCGUGUUUGUUAGAAUACAACCCAAAAAUGUUUAAACUUUGGAUUGUAGGUCGUGACAAUGUCCAUUGUGAUCUAUCUGGGUUUUUAUUAUAGUGAACAUAUUUAUGGUCUCAAUUAAGUGUUUGAGAUAAUGUGAACACAUGACAUCAGUAGUCAGUUGUGCUGCCUGUCUUUAAUACAUGCAAAAGGUCUCUAAUACAUGCCACCGUCGUCCUUAUAUGCUGUAUUUGUGAAUUAAAUUUAUUUAGGUAUUAUACCAAUAACAACAUUAUAAAGUCUUUUUCCGAACAUUAGAAAGUCUUUUUAAAACGAUCUACAAUGUUAAAAAAUGCAGUCUAUACGUCGGUUUGGACUUUGGAUGGGGUCGACGCUAAGCGGUAGUCAGUCGAGUUUAUAUAAUUCAAACAUAUAAUAAUGUUUAAUCAAAUAUGUAGUAUAUGAAGACAUCUAGAAAAAUUUUAAACAUUAAUAUGAAAAUUAUAAUUAUAAUAUAAUUAUAUUAUAUUUAUUAUAAUUUAGUUUAUGCAUUUGUAUUUUAAGUUGAUUAUAUUUAAAAAUAAUUUAAACAUAUAUGUUUAUUCAUCUUUAUAUGUUUAAAAAUAUUUAAUUUUCUUAUUUAAAAUCAUUUAUAUAUGUUAAGCUAUAUUUUAUACCUAAAGUUUGAUAUUUCAGAAUAUUUUCUAUUAAUUUUCUUAAACUAAUAUAUAUAUCUUAUGUUCAUCUACGAUCUAUUAAGUGUUUAGCGUGUUUUAUAACAAUAAACAUAUAUAUACAAAUUUAGAUGUGCUCGAACAACUCCACUAAAAGAAUUUCAAUUUUAGAUAUCUCACAAAAAAUUGUAUCCGAAAAUGAAAUAUUUAUUCAAAAAUAUUUUAUUUGAGAUAUUUCUAGAUGAGUCAAAAUACAUAUUCUUGUAAACAUAAUUAUUUUAUCAACUUUUGUGAGAAAUUUAGUUUUGAGAAUUUUUGCAAUAUAAGUGUUCUAGGUAUAUGAGCCGCACCUAACUAAUUUUUAGUUGGUCUUUUUGGGUUUGGUAUCUCUCUGACAUAGCAAGUUGUUUUGUGGCUGUUAUUGUAUCAAUACAAUGAUAUUUAUAUUUUCUCUAGUUCGUCUGGUAAUUUUUAAUAAUUUAUUAGCUCUAGUCUCUAGAUAAAUAAAUUUAUGUCUAUAUAUGUAUAUGUGAUAAUUAUUUUUGGGCAAACAAAUUUCAUUAAUGGAAAUUUAAGAUUAUAAAAUUAAUAUUGAAAUUUCUAAAAGAUAAAUUAUUAUAUAAACAAUGAAAUGCAUCAUAAAUAAUCAAUGUAUAGUUUUCUUUUUAUGUAUUUAAAUUCUCUGAUGCAAAUUGUGUAUUUUACUAGUAAUUUUUGGAUAAAACAUGCAAUAAUACGUAUACGAUGAAACGAAGCUUGGAAUUCUUGUAAGAAAAAAAAAAUACAUUUUUUAUUUUAUCUUUACAAAUUAUGAUAUUAUUUGCCAUUAGUAAAUAUGAUAACCUUUGCACUUCAACAUUUUCAUUUGUUAUCUCCUUUAUCUUUGGAGUAAAAAUAAAGUUUUACUUUGGAGAUUCUCUAAUAAGAUGUUGAUUUCAGUUUGUUUUUUUGAAAUACGGUGUCUCCGAUCAUUAUUGUACCCAGUAAAUACGGUAUCCAUAGAUUGCCUUUGAAGUUCUUCCAGUACAAAAAAAAAAAUUACAGAGAUGGAGAAUUUUUAUAAAAAGAAAAAAAAAAAAGGGAAAGGAUGUGGGAGAAGAAAGAUGGGUGUAGUAGUGGAAAUCAUGUUGACCACCCCAAACACUAUUCUAUUCUCCAUUCGAACUUUUCUUUUAUUUUCUCUACAAAUCUCUCAACAGAGUUCCCCUGUUCCUCCUCUUCUCAUCUCUGUUAUUCUAAUAAAUCGUUUCAGUUUUGCAGAUGGAUUCUUGGAGCUAUGGAACCUCCUUUCUUCCUUCUGAUUCCUUUCCUGAGAAUCCAAGAUCCGUGGCUCAGGGACUCUCUAAUGAAUUUGACAAGGUUGAUGAUAGGAUAGAUUUCAAAGUUAGGAGUUUUAUGGAUUACGGGAACUAUGAUGGUAAUACUUCCUCUAGAGCUAAAAAGCCUCGAGCUUCUUCAAGGUCUCCCUUGUGUCAAGUCCAUGGGUGCAACAUGGAUCUCAGCUCUUCGAAAGAUUACCACAAAAGGCAUAGAGUUUGCGAGGCUCACUCAAAGACUUCUGUGGUUAUCGUUAACGGUGUUGAACAGAGGUUUUGCCAACAGUGCAGCAGGUUUCAUUUCCUCUCGGAGUUUGAUAAUGGGAAAAGAAGUUGCAGAAGACGAUUAGCUGGUCACAAUGAGAGAAGAAGGAAGCCUUCUUUCUAUUUUCGGCAUAAGCUUCUUCCUCAAGGUACAAACUCUCUGGCAGGUAACAAGGUUCAUGGUAGGCUCGUGAGUUUCAAAGAUGAACCUAUGUUUCCUGCGGAAAACAUGAGUUUUUAUUCACCGGAAGCAGCAGCUUCUGGUGUAUCUUCGAUUUGGGACUUGCAUGAGGCUGGGCCGCCACGUUCUACUUGUGCUUGCUCUCUUCUGUCAGCUCAGUCCCAACAAUGCUUGUCUGAAACUAAUCCAAACAAAAGUUUCUCAAUCACUCAACCAAACCAAACUCUCAAUCACUCAACAAUAGGCUAUCAUCAGAUGCUACCACCACCAUUGAGGACUAUUUCAUCAUCCACAGUUGAUCUACAGCAACUGUCAUCGCAUCUUCAGAGAAUCGAGCAACAACAGAGGAGUUUUACUAAUGAUGAUGUGAAGCAGGAGUAUAAUAAUGAGCUUUAUUUCCCCUAGCUCCUAAUAGGAGGGGGAUAAAGAUUAAGUCUGCAUGGUUAGAUUAGUUAGUAGAAUAAAGAUUAAGUCUGGCUACAAGUGUUUUUGUAUCUGAUCUGAUCUUGUCUAUUAUUAUUAUUCACCAGUCUGAAAUAAAAAAUUGUUUCAGAUAUCUAUGCCUGCUUAUUUCACAGUGUUUCAGUCCUUUUGUUUUUUUUGUUAUUUUUCAGACAGUUUGUAUAUAACGAUGUGAUGAAUAUUCGCUGUAAAAGGUAAUUUGUUUGCUCUUUUA